AUGGGCUCCAUAAUCGGUUACGACGAGGCUGCGAAGAGAACAGAGUUAAAUCCAAACAUACUCUCCGAAAUCCCAUUAUUCAAUCGUCCUCUGACGCUAACAAACCAUGGAUCCUCGGCUUGGGCACAUAGCUAUCGUAUUGACCUGGAGGUUGAAGAUCGGACUGAGAGCUACUUUAUGAAGGUGUCAGUAGGAUAUCACGGCAGAGAAGCCCUGAAAGGAGAGUUCGAGUCGACAUGCGCCAUGCACGACGUCGUGGGAGAAUUCACCACCAAACCGGUUGGAUGGGGAUCUUUCAAGAGCCUUGCAGGCGCACACUACUAUUUCUGUCAAUUCCACGACCUGAUAGAAGAGGUCCCUGAACCAGGGGAGUUCUGCAAGGGCGUUGCGGCUCUCCACGCAAACAGCCAGUCUCCUAACGGAAAGUUCGGUUUUCACAUCGUGACAUACAAUGGAGAUCUCCCUCAGAAUAACGAUUACGCUGAUACAUGGGAAGAGUUUUUUAUCCACGGAUUUGAAAACAUGAUCCAGCUCAACAUUGACCGUGGCGGACCCUGGAAGGAGCUGGAAGGCCUAGACACUGCCAUGAUCACCAAGGUAAUUCCUCGACUGCUACGACCCAUGGAGACAGACGGCCGAUACAUCAAGCCGUCCCUCGUCCACGGCGAUCUCUGGUGUGGAAAUGCAGCGGUCGACGGCGCCACAAACCAGCCUCUCAUAUAUGACCCCGCCAGCUUUUAUGCCCACAACGAGUAUGAACUGGGGAAUUGGCGCCCUGAGCGGAACAAGUUCUCCAAGAGCUACUUCAACACCUACCACUCCCACAUUCCAAAGACUUAUCCAGAGGAGGACUACGACGACCGCAACGCGUUGUAUUCCAUGCGCUUCAACCUGCAAGCUGCAGCUUUGUUCCCUCAUGUUGCCAGCUUACGAGAGUCGGUGAUCGAUGAAAUGAAGCGGCUCGUUGAAAAAUACCCUGGCGGGCGGGGCGGCGCCGACAACAACCAGGUAAAGGAGACAGUGCUGAAAGCCCUAAAAUGCGGCUAUAGACAUAUCGACACUGCGACGGCGUAUGGGAACGAGAAGGAGGUGGGAGAGGCAAUUAAGGAGAGUGGUGUACCGCGUGAGGAGGUAUUCGUGACGACAAAACUGGCGCAGACAUGGCAUGAACCUGCUGAUGUAGAGCGAGCUCUGGAUACAAGUUUAGAGCUGUUACAGUUGGACUAUGUGGACCUGUAUCUGAUGCACUUCCCACAUGCCUACCGCGCUGGGCCGAAUAACAGCACCAUUCGACAUCCGGACGGAAAGCCAGUCAUAGACUACGCCCUAUCGCGAGACUAUUGCUCUACGUGGACUGCUAUGGAAGCUCUCGUCGACAAGGGGAAAACGAGACUGAUCGGAGUAUCCAACUUCAGCAUUCUCAAACUCCGAAAGCUUCUCACCAAAGCCCGAAUCCCACCAGCAGUGAACCAAGUGGAGGCCCAUCCAUACCUCCCCCAAACAGCCCUCCUCACCUUCUGCACCAACCACGGAAUCCACAUAACAGCGCACCAACCCCUAGGCGGCAAGCCCGUCGCAGCUGUGAACCCCAACGCCGACCGACCAGGGCCACUUUACGACCCAGACAUCACAGCCAUCGCAACAAAAUACAACCUAUCCCCCGCGCAAGUCCUCCUCUCCUGGCUUCUCCAGCGCGGCAUUUCCGUCAUUCCCAAGACCGUGCACGAGUCGCGACUGGUGGAGAACAUGGAGCUGCGGAGAAUGAAUGAAGAGGAUAUGGAAGCUAUCACGGGUUUGGCAGAGCGGAAGGGGGAAGUGCGCUACUUGGAUCCGAAGGGUCAUGUGGGGUUCGACAUUUUUGAUGAGGAGGUGGAUGAGCCCGUGGAGGGCUAG